AUGGGAGAACUUCGCAUCCACUCCGUGCUGGUGAGCGGCGCCAACCGGGGCAUCGGCCUGGGGCUCGUCCAGCGCUUCCUGGGGAUGCCAACCCCACCCAAGUGGGUCUUUGCGGGGUGCAGGGACCCCAAGGGGCAGCGAGCACAGUGGCACACAGGAGGAGCCUCUGCACAGCCCCUGCUGCCUCUGUGUGCCCACACAGUUCCCUCUCUGCAGGAGCUACAGAAGUUGGCCUCCAAGCACCCCAACCUGGUCAUUGUCCCUCUUGAUGUCUCCAACCCUGCCAGCAUCAAGGCAGCUGCAGCCACAGUUGAGAAGCACCUGGGGGGCUCAGGGCUGACCCUGCUCAUCAACAAUGCUGGGAUUGCCAAGUUCCAUAACCUUGAGGAUGAGACCCUGGAGGUCAUGAGCCAGGUUUACACCACCAACACCAUUGGACCAAUGCUGAUGGGCCAGGCAUUCCUGCCCUUGCUGAAGAAGGCUGCCCAGGGGAGCCCAGGCUCAGGACUGAGCUGCAGCAAGGCAGCCAUCGUCAACGUGGCUAGCAAUACUGGCUCCAUUGCAUCUUCCAUUGCAUGGGACAUGGUACAAUUAGUGUCCUACCGUUGCAGCAAGACUGCUCUCAACAUGCUGACCAAGUGCCAGUCCCUGGCGUACCGGGAGCACGGCAUCCUCUGCAUUGGUGUGCACCCUGGCUGGGUGCAAACUGACAUGGGGAGCACUGCUGGGCAAAAGGUAUGA